AAAAUGGCAGAAGCCAAUGUAGUGCUGUUGGAUUUCUGGCCAAGCUCUUAUGGAAUGAGAGUGAAAAUCGCUUUGGCAGAGAAGGGUAUCUCAUAUGAGUGCAAACAAGAAGACUUGGAAGCUAAAAGUUCUCUGAUUUUAGAGAUGAACCCGGUUCACAAAAUGAUACCAGUUUUGAUUCAUAAUGGAAAAUCCAUUUGUGAAUCACUCAACAUUGUUCAGUACAUUGAUGAGGCAUGGAACCUCAAACCUUCUCUACUUCCAUCUGACCUUUACAAACGAUCCCAAGCCAGGUUUUGGGGCGAUUACACUGACAAAAAUGUAUACAAUGCUGUGAAGAAGGUAUGGACAGGGAAGGGUAAAAAACAAGAAGAGUUCAAGAAACAAUUUAUACGAUGCUUGAAGACCAUGGAAGAUGAACUUGGAGACAAGCCAUAUUUUGGUGGUGAGGACUUUGGGUAUGUGGAUGUGGCUCUUGUUCCCUUCACUAGCUGGUUUUACACGGUUGAGACCUGCGGGAAACUAAGCAUAGAGGAAGAGUGUCCCAAACUUCUGGCUUGGCCAAGAGGUGCAUGGAAAAAGAGUGUGGCCAAGUCACUCCCUCACCCACACCAGAUCUAUGCCUUUGCCAUGCAGUAUAAACAGAGACAUGGACUUGAGUAG